CUUGGGCGCAUGCGCAGUACCAGCAAAACGGUGCAGAGCGUGGUCGGAGUGAGUGGUUCCCCGCUGCAGAGAAACCGCACCAAAGGCACCAGGACCAUGAGAAAGGACUACAACCGCGAAUCGCGCCAGUUUUCCUCAGAAGAAAACGCGGUCAUGAAUGGGAAAAAUCCUCAAAUCCCACCGAAGAAAGGAACAUGCCCACGUUGAGAGCACUUCCCAAGGAACGCGUCAGCGCUGCAUUGUGCGAAGGAGCUGGUCUCCGCUGAUGAAUGGAUGAAAAACCCUGGAGAACAACAACCGCCGUUAGGACACAGUUUUGUCUCUCCUCUCUUCGUUUGGCAGCCGCUCGUUGCUUUCCCAGCCGAAUUCCACUAUAACGGGGAUGCUUUGGCGCUGCUCUGCUGCCAAGGGUUGAGGAAAACGACUGCGUGGAAUUAUGUGCGAAGUUCAGGACGUGAAGAAUGUGAAGAAGGUCUUCGUGGCACCGACCAUCAAGUCUUUCGAGCACUAUGACUUUUCCAGGGCUAAAAUCUGUUGCAGUCUGUCAUGGCUGCUGUCCAAAGCAUAUGGAGCAGACAGCAUCCCAGCAGACAUAAAAGAGCCCUUCUACACGGACCAAUAUGAGCAGGAGCACCUCAAACCUCCUGUGGCCAGUCUUCUGCUGUCUGCUGAGCUUUACUGCCGGGCCGCCACUCUGAUCCUGAAGAGUGAUGAUGGUGGUGAACCUCUCGUGGGCCAUGAUGCAGUCAUCCAGGUUCUGGCCCAGCGAGGGCUCUAUGUCACUGACCAUGACAGACUUGUCACCGAGAGGGACCUUCGAAAGAGGCCUCUGCAAAUGAGUGCUCAUCUGGCUUUGAUCGACUCUCUGCUGAUGGCGUACACAGUCGACACUAUGGGUCUGGAAAAGGUGAUGGCCAGCCUUCAUCAGUAUUCAUCCUGCAACUCUGAGGAGGAAAUGCCAUACGAUACGGAGGAUACGGCCACCACCUGGGUGAACAAGAUAAGCGAGCAUCUGAAAGACAUUGUUGCUGAGGAGGAAAAGAAAAAAAAGGAGACACAGAGUGCAGACACUGCAGAAAGUCCUCGGGCUCGCUACAGGAAGGAGCUGAGCAGCACCCAGGCGAUUCCCUGGAUCCCUCCAGUGGACAACCUGCUGAAGGACAGCGCAGAUGGCUCAGCACUUUGUGCUCUGCUGCACUUCUACUCCCCCCAGCUGCUGCCUCUCGAUGAUGUGUGUCUGAAGGAGAACAUGACGCUUGCGGAUCGUCUGUACAACAUGCAGCUCAUUCAGGACUUCUGCAGGGACAAUCUGGACGGCUGCUGCCAUUUCAGUCUGGAGGACAUGCUCUAUGCCUCGUCCACCCUCAAGAAUAACUAUCUGGCAUUCAUGGCUGAGCUGUUUUGGUGGUUUGAGGAGGUUAAGCCCUCUUUUGUGAAGCCAAGAAGUUUGGACCAUGAAGCCACAGAGCCCUCAUCCAUAUUGAAGAAUAUCCCAGCCAUCCCAAUUUCUAAAGCAACUAAAAGGAGCUUCAUGGAAAGACCCCCCAGUCCUGAAAGACCAAGUUUGCCGCUGAGACCUCAACCUCGAAAUUCAGGUGAAAUGAAGAAGUCAACGUCAAUGUCUUUUGUUGAGAGUAACAUUGGUACAUGGCCAAAAGAGAAAAGGCCCGGGCCGUAUGGAGUAUCCUUCGACAUCCCUUUCGACAAAGAUGAAAGCGCUCCUGCACCUCAUUCCGCCACACGUGGUAUGGUCAGGUCUGUCAGCACUGAUGACGGUUCUGGUUUCAAGGUGCACCAACUACCUUCUGGGAUGAAGCGGAACCUGUCCUUCCAGCCAGUGAAUGGCCAAGGUGUUGGCAUCGAGGAGGAGGGUUGCCCAGACAGCUUAGCGGGUAUGGAGCCUGACAGGCUGACCUACUGUAAUAGAUCUAGCAGAGUCAAAGCAACCACUCCCUCUGUGGAAGAAGCCCUCCAGAUUAUUCACAGCCCAAGCAGGCCACCCGUGGAAGGUAUCAACAAUGGUUUCUUCUUACAUAGCCCGGACCUUGGCUCUGGCAUUGCUAGCUUGGAAGCAGUGUCCGAGUUAGACUCUAAAGGGAGCCUGACAGACACCACAGAGGUUGACACAGGUGUCCACAUUCAUACAGAAGACAUGCUGGAUGAGGAUUCCUCACUGAAAGACUGCUCUGUAAACAUGGACCUGGAUGUGGAUACACCCAGCCCUUGCCCAAGCAGUCAGAGCAAAUCCCCCUCCGCACUGAGGAUGACCAACUUUGCUGAGCAGAAGAUGAAAAAAGUAAUUCCAUCGGCAUCUGACUCAGGGCGGGAGAGCAGCAGCUCCCUAAAAACUACACCUGAAGGUUCAGAUUUAGGUCUGCCAUUAUCAGUUUCUUGGGCUCCAACACCUGAACACAGCCCCAUUCAUCAAAAAACCCCAACCGGUCCUAGUAAACCGUUACCUGUCCAUCUUCCCCGCAAUGACCCCGCUCAAGUCAUGGCAACAGAGAUGGUUCAUCUGAGGAUGCGAUUGGAGGAGAAAAGGAAAGCCAUUGAAGCGCAAAAGAAGAAGGUGGAGGCGGCUUUUACCAGGCACCGGCAAAAGAUGGGUCACUCUGCCUUCCUUAAUGUGGUGAAAAGAAAAGGGGACGGAGCAGCAAGCGGAGGUGAUGAAGGAGGCAAAGUUGAUGGUGAAGGCAAGACUGUGAGUCCCAUCCUGAGGCGUGGUCGAAGCAGUGCGGACACCCCUGACGGUGCGGAGCAAAGCAAUACGAGCUCCUGUUGGCCAAAGUCGCCUGGUGGCGCUGAGGAGGGCGGGCAAGGCCAUGCCCAGCUCACUGAGGCAGAUCUCACCGAGUAUACGCGAUCCAUUGAUAAACUCAACCAUUCUUUAGCCUUCCUCCAGACCGAGAUGCAGCGGCUGGCUCAGCAGCAGGAAGUCAUCAUGGCCAUGAGAGAGCAGCAACAUCAGGCUUGGGUCAUUCCUCCCUCUCACGCAAACCCCUCACCUCAAAAAUACAGCCGAGGCGGUGCUGUCACCCGAUCAUCAGGACCCUCUUCCCCGGCAGACUCCCCUCGGCCGGCCCACCGCUCUCCAACCAGCAUCAAGCGCAAAUCCGCUUCCUUCCAUUUUCGCAACCCUCGCACCGUUCGUCCCACUGAACUCAAGUUGGCCCCCUACAACCGCGUCCUCACCGCCCCUCAGUCUGUAGAUAGCAUCCCCAGGCUGCGACGAUUCUCCCCUAGUCCCACCACAGCCUUUGUUUACAUGGGGGAGAAGCCAGCAGCUUCCAGUUCUGAGUCAGCCAACAAGCAAACGGAUUCGCUCCCCUCCCCAGACAAGGAGCUUAGUAGUGCAUCUCCUAAAGAGGAGCAAACACAGGAAGGCUCAAAGACUCAAAACCAGGAGCUAGAAACUCCCGCCCACGGCAACACCAUUGAAGUGGAAACUGUAGGCGUAGUUAUUAACCCUGCACGGUCGUCACUCUCUGAAGUUCUGGCCCACCCAGUGGUUGAGACCUUCACGGUGGCCCCGACAGAGAUCCCCAUGCUGCCGGAAGUCAAGAGCAACUUAAUUGAGGUUUCUCUGUCGGUCGUGAAGCCGCUGGAAGACCUGCCACUUGAUGACAGCAUAGAGUUGGAGCUUGGAGGUGUGGAUGACGUGGAGGAUGAACAGAGGAUCUGUCGUGGCUUCUUCUUCAAGGAGGAUGGAAAGGCAGAGGACAACAUGGCUCAGAAGAGGGCGGCCCUGAUGGAGAAGAGGAUGAGGAGGGAGAAGGAAAGCCAGCAGAGGAAAAUGCAGCAGGAGGCAGAGCUAGAGCAAAAGAAGGAGGAGGCUCGGUUGAAAGCGGAGGAGGAGCGUAUCAGGAAGGAGGAAGACAAAGCAAGGAAGGAGUUCAUCAAGCAGGAAUAUCUCAGGCGGAAGCAGCUGAAGCUGAUGGAGGACAUGGACACCGUCAUCAAGGCUCGACCAGCAGGCAGCGCUAGACAGAGACGAGGUCGGCCCAAGUCAAGCCAUCGGGACAGCCUAGACUCCCCAAAAACUCCCGUCCGAGCUGCCACAGUUUCCAGCUUGUCCUUGGCAUCCCUCAACCUGGGGGACGGCGACAGUGUACACUCGGAGAAGAGAGCGCAAAGAAGUGCUAGUUUAGCCUCUGGCAGUCUCAUCUGCUUUCUGAGCUCUCCUAAACGGAGAAGGAGAAGGCCAGAUUCUGCAGAUGGCUUCCUGUCCCCGAGUCGUUCCAGUAGCAGGAAUGGAGAGAAGGACUGGGAAAAUGGAUCCACCACUUCUUCUGUUACGUCCAUCACGGAGUACACAGGACCCAAGCUCUACAAAGAGCCAAGUGCCAAAUCCAAUAAGCACAUUAUCCAGAACGCGCUAGCCCACUGCUGCCUCGCCGGCAAGGUCAAUGAGGGGCAGAAGAACAAGAUCCUGGAGGAAAUGGAGAAAUCGGAGGCCAACAACUUCCUGGUUUUGUUCCGAGACGGCGGCUGCCAGUUCCGCUCCUUGUACACCUACUGCCCUGAGACCGAGGAGAUCAACAAACUGGCGGGCAUCGGCCCGAAGAGCAUCGGGCGCAAGAUGAUCGACGGCCUCUACAAGUACAACUCGGACAAGAAGCAGUUCAGCCUGAUACCGGCCAAGACCAUGUCGGCCAGCGUGGACGCCGUCACCAUCCACUGCCACCUGUGGCAAACCAAGAAGCCGCCCACCCCGAAAAAAGUAGUGCCUGCCCCCCAGUCCUGAUGGCGCCUGGGCAUACCUCCAUGAUGAUUCCAACACCCGCAUUUUCCACUUCCUGCUCGAUGUACGCCACUGAUGAAGAAUGAUGUAAAUAUCUAAAACCAUGUCGGAGUCUAGUUUAUGAAGGAAUGUGUGAGUACUGUUUUUAUCUCCUAUGUGCCAAACGUCAAAAACGAGACCGUACGAAUGCGAGGACAUUUUACUCAACACCGAAUGUUUAUGAUUCAUGUACAGAUUCGUUUCCAUUUGCAAUUUUAGCGUGCGAGUGCCAUGAGGCGAUUGUAACUCGGCUGUUGUUGAUGAGUCGUCAUGUUUUGUAUAUUUAGGUACACAACUCUAAGGGCCAAAAAUGAUUGCAUACAGCUAGCGUUCGCCACACACUGCUUGUGUGUUCAACUCUACAAAGUCAAACGGUUUCAGCUUUUCAGGACCCUGUCUUUGGAGGAAUGUGGGCCGUCACUCCGGAUAAAGAAAACCUUUUUCUUUUCUUAGAUUAUUAUUUACAAACCCCAUUUCCAUAUGAAUUGGGAAAUUGUGUUAGAUGUAAAUAUAAACGGAAUACAAUGAUUUGCAAAUCCUUUUCAACCCAUAUUCAAUUGAAUGAACUACAAAGACAAGAUAUUUGAUGUUCAAACUCAUAAACUUUAUUUUUUUUUGCAAAUAAUAAUUAACUUGGAAUUUCAUGGCUGCAACACGUGCCAAAGGAGUUGGGAAAGGGCAUGUUCACCACUGUGUUACAUCACCUUUUAUUUUAACAACACUCAAUAAAUGUUUGGGAGCUGAGGAAACUAAGUGGAAUUCUUUCCCAUUCUUGUUUUAUGUAGAGCUUCAGUCGUUCAACAGUCCGGGGUCUCCGCUGUCUUAUUUUACGCUUCAUAAUGCGCCACACAUUUUCGAUGGAAGACAGGUCUGGACUGCAGGCAGACCGGGAAAGUACCUGCACUUUUUUUACGAAGCCACGCUGUUGUAACACGUGCUGAGUGUGGCUUGGCAUUGUCUUACUGAAAUAAGCAGGGGCGUCCAUGGAAAAAGACAGCGCUUAGAUGGCAGCAUAUGUUGUUCCAAAAACUGUAUGUACCUUUCAACAUUAAUGGUGCCUUCACAGAUGUGUAAGUUACCCAUGCCUUGGGCACUAGUGCACCCCCAUACCAUCACAGAUGCUGGCUUUUGAACAUUGCGUCGAUAACAGGCUGGAUGGUUCGUUUCCCCUUUGGUCCGGAUGGCACGAUGUCAAAUAUUUCCAAAAACAAUUUGAAAUGUGGACACGUCAGACCACAGAACACUUUUCCACUUUGCAUCACUCCAUCUUAGAUGAUCUCGGGCCCAGAGAAGCUGGCGGCGUUUCUGGAUGUUGUUGAUAAAUGGCUUUCGCUUUGCAUAGUAGAGACGAACAGAUGUAGCGACGAACUGUAUUUAGUGACAGUGGUUUUCUGAAGUGUUUCUGAGCCCAUGUGGUAUUAUCCUUUAGAGAUUGAUGUCGGUUUUUGACAGUGCCAUCCGAGGUCACGGUCAUUCAAUUUUGGUUUUCGGCCACGCCGCUUACGUGGAGUGAUUUCUCCAGAUUCUCUGAACCUUUUGAUGAUAUUAUGGACGGUAUAUGUUGAAAUCCCUAAAUUUCUUGCAAUUGCACUUUGAGAAACGUUGUUCUUAAACUGUUUGACUAUUUGCUCACGCAGUUGUGGACAAAGGGGUGUACCUCGCCCCAUCCUUUCUUGUGAAAGACUGAGCAUUUUUUGGGAAGCUGUUUUUAUACCCAAUCAUGGCACCCACCUGUUCCAAAUUAGCCUGCACACCUGUGUGAUGUUGCAAAUAAGUGUUUGAUGAGCAUUCCUCAACUUUAUCAGUAUUUAUUGCCACCUUUCCCAACUUCUUUGUCACGUGUUGCUGGCAUCAAAUUCUAAAGUUAAUGAUUAUUUGCACAAAAAAAACAUGUUUAUCAGUUUGAACAUCAAAUAUGUUGUAUUUUUUAGCAUAUUCAACUGAAUAUGGGUUGAAAAUGAUUUGCAAAUUAUUGUACUUUGUUUAUAUUUACCUCUAACACAAUUUCCCAACUCAUAUGGAAACAGGGUUUGUAUAUAAAUAAGAAAAAGUGACGGACAGUCCAAAAGAUUUGGUGAUUUUUUUUUUUUUGCACUUAAAAGUUCUGAAUGAUGUCCAGUGUAAAAUAGCCAAAGUGGGUUUGACAAAUAGAAUGCAAGAACCCGGUCUGUUUUGAAGGGGGUUAUUGCUCCGUAUUGAAGCCAUACGUGACUUGGUUUUGAUUUGAUAUUUGACAGGACCAACAUAGCUCAGCACAAAGGUUAGGCCAACUUUCUCAGAUAAUUGUGCAAGAUCCCUAUUGGUUUUUAGGUACCAUUGUAGGUUAGGUCCAAUAUAGAUAUAGUACAUGUUUGUUUGUUACUUAUUACAGGUCUAAAUGUACACCGGACUUUCUUAAAAAAUUCUAGUCUGGCUGUUUGUAUCAUAAUCGUAGUAAGAACUGGUUCUGUUUCAAACCGAUACAUACUUUUAUUUUGACUGAUAUUUGACACAAGAUGGCUAAUAUUGCUCAGCACAAAAAUGUUGCCGAAUUUCUGUGAUUCUGUCAUUUUGCAGACAAUAACUAAUGUGGCAAGAUCCCUAUUGGUUUUGAACUAAUUUUGCCAUUUCCAAUCACACUCUUACAAGUCAAAGAUUCCAAGAUACUCUUCUUAAAACGUUUAGGUCUGUUUCUUUGUAUCAGAAAAUUCCUCUAUUGGUUUUAAGGGGAUAAUUGUUCUGUUUUAAACCGAUACAUAAUUAGAUUUUGACUGAUAUUUGACACAAGAUGGCCAAUAUUGCUCAGCACAAAAAUGUUGCCGAAUUUCUGUGAUCAUUGUGCAAGUAUGGCAAGAUCCCUAUUGGUUUUGGACUAAAUUCAUCUAACAGCAAUCAAUGUGUUGAGGUUGUUAGCACUCCUACAGGUCAAAAUUCCAAGAGACAUUUAGGUCUUUGUAUCAAAGUAAGAACUAUAUUGGUUUUGAAGGGAUUCUUGUUCUGUUUCAAACCAAUUCAUACUUUGAUUUUGACUGACAUUUGACACAAAAGUUGAGCAAAUUUUCUGGUGUCAUUGUGCAGACAAUAACUAGCAUGGCAAGAUCCCUAUUGGUUUUGAACUAAUUUUGCCAUUUCCAAUCAAUGUGCUCAGGUUGUUAAAGAUUCCAAGAUACUCUUCUUAAAACGUUUAGGUCUGUUUCUUUGUAUCAGAAAAUUCCUCUAUUGGUUUCGAGGGGAUAAUUGUUCUGUUUCAAACCGAUACAUAAUUUGAAUUUGACUGAUAUUUGACACAAGAUGGCCAAUAUUGCUCAGCACAAAAAUGUUGCCGAUUUUCUGUGAUCAUUGUGCAAGUAUGGCAAGAUCCCUAUUGGUUUUGGACUAAAUUCAUCUAACAGCAAUCAAUGUGUUGAGGUUGUUAGCACUCCUACAGGUCAAAAUUCCAAGAGACAUUUAGGUCUUUGUAUCAAAGUAAGAACUAUAUUGGUUUUGAAGGGAUUCUUGUUAUGUUUCAAACCGAUACAUACUUUGAUUUUGACUGACAUUUGACACAAAAGUUGAGCAAAAUUUCUGGUGUCAUUGUGCAGACAAUAAGUAGCAUGGCAAGAUCCUUAUUGGUUUUGAACUAAUUUAAUCAUUUCCAAUCAAUGUGCUCACGUUGUUAGCACUCUUACAAGUCAAAGAUUCCCAGAUACUCUUCUUAAAACGUUUAGGUCUGUUUAUUUGUAUCAGAAAAUACCUCUAUUGGUUUUGAGGGGAUAAUUAUUCGGUUUCAAACCAAUACAUAAUUUGAUUUAAACUGAUAUGGCCAACAUAGUGUUAGUACAAAAAUGGUGCCCAAUUUCUGGGAUGACUGUGCAUAUAGUAAUAAGUAUCACGGCAAGAUUCCUAGUAGUUUUGAGCUGGUUUCAACUUGCAGCAAUCAGCGUGCUUGGGUCAAAGGUUGUUUUGUUGUUAGGGUAGGAUAGACUUUACUUUAAAUCCAAAAGUAAAACACAACAAAUAAAAGAGCAAUAAAUAUUACAAUAAUACUUUAACAGUCAUAUUUCUUUUUUUUUUCAAAAACCAUCUAGUUUUGCUGUUUGUAUCAAAGUAAGAACUCUAUUGGUUUUGAAGGGAUUAUUGUUCUGUAUCAGACCAAAACUCUUACUGAUAUUUGACACAAAAUAGCUCAGCAACUUUCUGGGACGAUGGCUCAGAUCAAGGCAAGAUUUCUAUUGGUUUUGAACUGUAUUCAGUACAUAUUAACCAAUCUAGUUUAGGUUAAAGAGAAAUACACUUUAUUACAUGAUUGUUGUUAGCCUUCUUACAGGUCAAACUUCAAGGAAUAUUUAUUUGACUCUUAUCAAAGUAAGAACUCUAUUGGUUUUGACUGGCUUGUUGUUUGAAACAAUAAUGUGUAUCAAAGUAAGAACUCUAUUGGUUUUGAAGGGAUUAUUGUUCUGUAUCAAACCAAAACUUACAGAUUUUAACUGAUAGUUGACACAAAAUAGAUAAGCAACUUUCUGGGACCAUGGCUCUGAUCAAGGCCAGAUUUCUAUUGGUUUUGAACUGUAUUCAAUAUAUAGCAACCAAUCUCGUUUAGGUCGAAGAGAAAUACACUGUAUUACAUGAUUGUUGUUAGCAUUCUUACAGGUCAAACUUCAAAGUAUAUUUAUUUGACUCUUAUCAAAGUAAGAACUCUAUUGGUUUUGACUGGCUUAUUGUUUCAAACAAUAAUGUGUAUCAAAGUAAGAACUAUAUUCGUUUUGAAGGGAUUACUGUUCUGUAUCAAACCAAAACUUACUGAUUUUUAACUGAUAGUUGACACAAAAUAGAUAAGCAACUUUCUGGAACAAUGGCUCUGAUCAAGGCCAGAUUUCUAUUGGUUUUGAACUGUAUUCAGUAUAUAGCAACCAAUCUAGUUUAGGUCAAAGAGAAAUACACUGUAUUACAUGAUUGUUGUUAGCAUUCUUACAGGUCAAACUUCAAGGAAUAUUUAUUUGACUCUUAUCAAAGUAAGAACUCUAUUGGUUUUGACUGGCUUGUUGUUUGAAACACUAAUGUGUAUCAAAGUAAGAACUCUAUUGGUUUUGAAGGGAUUAUUGUUCUGUAUCAAACCAAAACUUACUGAUUUUUAACUGAUAGUUGACACAAAAUAGAUAAGCAACUUUCUGGAACAAUGGCUCUGAUCAAGGCCAGAUUUCUAUUGGUUUUGGACUGUAUUCAGUAUAUAGCAACCAAUCUAGUUUAGGUCAAAGAGAAAUACACUGUAUUACAUGAUUGUUGUUAGUAUUCUUACAGGUCAAAAUUCAAGGCAUAUUUAUUUGACUCUUUCAAAGUAAGAACUCUAUUGGUUUUGACUGGCUUAUUGUUUCAAACACAUCAUUUUGACACAAAUUGGCCAAUACAGCACAGAGAUUCUGGGAUGAUUGCUAAUUUGUUCAAACCAAGGCUCGAUUUUUAAUGGUUUUGAAUUAUAUCAAGCUUUUAGCAACCAACGUAGUUUCGGUCCAAGAUAAAUAGUGUGCAAGUCAGCGUACUUUUGCACUUCUUCAUAUCCAAACUCACUGUUGAUUUAAAAGGUCUGCACGUGUCAAUAUUUUUCUUUUAAAAGUGUGUAACGGAGCAAGAACCCGCAUGAUCAAACUGCAUGUCAGAUCUACUUUAUUCAUUUUUAAUGUCUUCCUUGAAAUACAUUCUUUCACCCACUCUUUCAAAUUCAAGUGACGGAUUUGUGUGGUCUUAAAGCUGCCGUUUGGGAUAGUUUUGUACUUUUACUUUCAGUUUCGAACAAAUUGUACAAUCACAAAUGGUGGACUGCGAUCAGCACAGAGCGACACUUCUCUUGUGUCAGGAAGUUGUAGAUUAGUAUUUUUGUAAGAUUCAUAAGUUGUAAACUCACAUUUUCACUUAUUGGUAAAAAAUAGCUGCCAUCACUGGAGAGUGUUUUAGCUGCAACAUGUACAGAUUAGGAAUAUUUUGCUAGUUCUCUGUUUGAAUUGUAGGAAAAUCAUCAAAACCGCGUUUUAAGGCAAGUGGUGUUUUGCUACAUACGGGUAUACAACAAAUAAUCGUGAUCAAAUCUGCUGACUUGGUGCAUCAUUUUAAACCUGGGGGGAGAGGGGAGGGGGUAUUUAUGACUUUUGUUUCUAAUGUAUUCUAGUAUGUUGGUUAUUGACCACAGGAAGCCAAGGGAAUAUUUAACCUACAAGCUUGUUGUACAUAUCAGUGUUUAUGUGUGCUCAUGUGCUAUAAUGAUGACUUUUUGUUGUCGGAUAACGUGAUGUCUUUGAAAAAACAUGUAAUUUAUUUGUUUUUUGCUGCAUCAAAUAAACUCAGCAUGGCCUCCGAA